CCAUGGGAACACUUCUUCCGCGUUGAUCUCAGGGAGUGACGGAUGUUGCUAACUUUCUGCUCCGAAGUGGAUUAUUACUCUACUAACUUCACUUUCUGCUCCAAAGUGUGAUUGUUACUCUACUAACUUGACUUUCUGUUACAAAGUGUGAUUGUUACCGUACAAAGUGAAGUGGUGCUAAGUUAUUGCGGCGUGCUAGUCAGUCAUGUGUGAGUGUGACGUCAGAGAGUAAAGACUUGGAAAAAGAAGACAAACUUAAGUUGAAGUCCAGAAAAACCACUAAAGUUUCCUUUUUCAUCUCGCGACAUCUUAUGUUUGAUCAUGGGAUGUUGUAGCAGCACUGAGAGCAAACGGGACUGGAACCCACUACAGGAUCGGAGCUGCACGGACAUCCCAUGGCUCAUCUUUUUCAUCCUCUUCUGCGUGGGCAUGGCUUGCAUUUGUGGCUUCACCAUCGUGACCGGAGCUACCACACGGCUCGUCUACGGAUACGACAGCUACGGUAACGUCUGUGGUCACAACAACACCAAGAUCCAGGGUGUGGAACUCAGUGGCCGGAACAUGCUCGACAACAAGUAUGUGUUUUUUCUGGACCCCUGCAACAUUGACUUCAUUAACAGGAAGAUGAAGAGCAUUUCCUUGUGUGUAGCAAAGUGUCCUGAAGCCGAACUGAAGACACACAAUGAUUUAAAGCAGUUUGCUCUGAAUAAUGGCUCUGCGCUCUGCAGCUAUGAUAUUUCUCCAUCAAGAUAUCCCAGCCACUCGGAACGACUUACUAAAUGUCCCAAGCUCCCUGUUUCACGGAGUAAGUCCGUGUCGCUGUCCCAUCGCUGCGUCCCAGUGAACAUCAGCUGCUACGCAGAGCUGGCCCUCUCCUUCUUCAACUUAGUCAGUGACAACAACGUGGUGCAGCGAGUGGUGGCGGGCGUGCUGGCCAGCAAGGACAUCAUUGUGGGACUCUGCGUGCUGUCCUUAGUUCUCUCCUUGCUGAUGAUGGUGGUCAUCCGCUACAUCUCCAAAGUGAUGGUGUGGAUCAUCACUAUCCUCACCGUCAUUGGCACCAUAGCGGGAACAGGCGUCCUCUGGUGGUUGUACGCCGACCACAGGAAAGCGCUGAAAAACAACACCGCCUCGGUGUUUGGGAGAGAAGUGGCAAGUGACAACGUGAAGGCACUCCUGGUGUACGCCAUCUUUGCUACAGUAUUCACGGUGGUUCUCCUGCUAGUCAUGGCCAUCAUGAGGAAGCGGGUGGCGCUGACAAUUUCGCUGUUCCAUGUUGCCGGAAAAGUCUUCAUCCAUAUCCCUCUGCUGGUCCUGCAGCCUUUUUGGACCUUCCUCUGCCUCAUGCUCUUCUGGGUCUACUGGCUGGCUGUGCUCCUGCUCCUCGGCAUGUCAGGAAGCGCGGUGAAGAACAACUCCACCAACCUGGUGGAAUACCAGAUAAGCGGACCUGCUCAGUACUUGGUGUGGUAUCACGCUGUGGGGCUGAUUUGGAUCAGCGAGUUCAUCUUUGCCUUCCAGCAGAUGAGCAUCGCCGGUGCUGUGGUCACCUACUACUUCACAAGGGAUAAAUCUCGCUUGCCGGCCACUCCCAUCCUGUCCGCCAUGCUUCGAACUCUGCGCUACCACCUGGGCACUCUGGCCAAAGGCUCCUUCAUCAUCACGCUGGUCAAGAUCCCUCGCAUCAUCCUGAUGUACAUUCACAGUAAACUGAAAGGAAAAGAGAACGCGUGUGCUCGCUGCCUGAUCAAAUGCUGCGUGUGCUGCUUGUGGUGUCUGGAGAAGUGUCUGGCCUACUUGAACCAAAACGCCUACACGGCCACGGCCAUCAACAGCACCAACUUCUGCACCUCGGCACGCGACGCCUUCACCAUCCUGGUGGAGAAUGCUCUGCGAGUGGCGGCCAUCAACACCGUGGGCGACUUUGUUCUCUUUUUGGCCAAGGUGCUGAUCGUGGCCUGUUCGGCCUUUGCCGGCGUGCUGGCGCUCAACUACCAGAGGGAGUACACGGUGUGGGUGCUUCCUCUCCUCAUCAUCUGCCUCUUCGCCUACAUGGUGGCCCACUGCUUCCUCUCCGUCUUCGAAAACGUGGUGGACGUCCUCUUCCUGUGCUUCGCCGUCGACUCCAAGUACAACAAUGGCAGUCCUGGACGGGAAUACUUCAUGGACAAGUCUUUAAUGGAGUUUGUUGAAGAGAGCAGGAAGAGCGCUCGCCACAAGGCGGAGGACGGCAGCGGGCGGGAGAUGAAGCCUAUGGCUCAGUGAAGCGGCCGCUAGAGGGCGCUCCCAGUCCAACACGUGGUGUAAGGCCAGUCCGAGGAACACAGCUGUCGGCUAUAAGCAUUUAGCUAACUAUUCACUCACCUGGGCUAGCAUGACUGCUAAUUGCUGCUCACCUGCCACAGACAAACAUCAACGCCACUCAUCUCAUUUCUCCUGUUUGGCUUCAAUUUCAUUUGUAAUUCUAAGAAAUACUGACUUUUUUAUCUUAUAUAUCUUUUUGGAAACCACUAAUUGUAACAAAGUCUUGUUGUUGGACUUUUAAUGUGCAUGACGGAGAGCAGCGUUGCAGGGGAACUUUGUCUACUGUUCACAAUCAUUAGGAGAGACAAGCAAUGCAGCUAAUCUUAGCAAUCAAUUCUACAUCUAAAUCUCUUUCAAAAUGCAUUCAAUAACCGUCAACAAUACCUCAUUUUUGUUGUGUAACAUCCACAACUGUCAACUAUACUUCAUGUAUAUUGUGUAACAUGUAUAACUGUCAACUAUACUUCAUUUAUGUUGUGUAACAUGUAUAACUGUCAACUAUACUUCAUGUAUAUUGUGUAACAUCUACAACUGUCAACAAUACCUCAUUUUUGUUGUGUAACAUCCACAACUGUCAACUAUACUUCAUUUAUGUUGUGUAACAUCCACAACUGUCAACUAUACUUCAUUUAUGUUGUGUAACAUCUACAACUGUCAACUAUACUUCAUUUAUAUUGUGUAACAUCCACAACUGUCAACUAUACUUCAUUUAUGUUGUGUAACAUGUAUAACUGUCAACUAUACUUCAUUUAUGUUGUGUAACAUCCACAACUGUCAACUAUACUUCAUUUAUGUUGUGUAACAUCCACAACUGUCAACUAUACUUCAUUUAUGUUGUGUAACAUCUACAACUGUCAACUAUACUUCAUUUAUAUUGUGUAACAUCCACAACUGUCAACUAUACUUCAUUUAUGUUGUGUAACAUGUAUAACUGUCAACUAUACUUCAUUUAUGUUGUGUAACAUCCACAACUGUCAACUAUACUUCAUUUAUGUUGUGUAACAUCUACAACCGUCAACUAUACUUCAUUUAUGUUGUGUAACAUCCACAACUGUCAACUAUACUUCAUUUAUGUUGUGUAACAUCUACAACUGUCAACUAUACUUCAUUUAUAUUGUGUAACAUCCACAAUUGUCAACUAUACUUCAUUUAUGUUGUGUAACAUGUAUAACUGUCAACUAUACUUCAUUUAUGUUGUGUAACAUCCACAACUGUCAACUAUACUUCAUUUAUGUUGUGUAACAUCUACAACUGUCAACUAUACUUCAUUUAUGUUGUGUAACAUCCACAACUGUCAACUAUACUUCAUUUAUAUUGUGUAACAUGUAUAACUGUCAACUAUACUUCAUUUAUGUUGUGUAACAUCUACAACUGUCAACUAUACUUCAUUUAUGUUGUGUAACAUGUACAACUGUGAACUAUACUUCAUUUAUGUUGUGUAACAUCUACAACUGUCAACUAUACUUCAUUUAUAUUGUGUAACAUGUAUAACUGUCAACUAUACUUCAUUUAUGUUGUGUAACAUGUAUAACUGUCAACUAUACUUCAUUUAUGUUGUGUAACAUCUACAACUGUCAACUAUACUUCAUUUAUAUUGUGUAACAUGUAUAACUGUCAACUAUACUUCAUUUAUGUUGUGUAACAUGUAUAACUGUCAACUAUACUUCAUUUAUGUUGUGUAACAUCUACAACUGUCAACUAUACUUCAUGUAUGUUGUGUAACAUGUGUACUAACAAACUGUAGCAACAUUGUUAUUGCAAGAGCCAACACGGGGGAACUCUUUCUGCUAGCUGUGAGAGCUAACUACGGAAAGAGAUAAGCUAUCUUCUAGGUGAGCACAAAACGCACACAAUGAGAUAGAACACUAAUAUGUAGUGAGUGAAAAACAUGAACAAUCAUAUUACAGUAUCUUUGGUCCAUGCUUUUUCCCGUUUUAUUUGGGUAAGCACUCCAUUUAUGUUGAAAUAGCUUCCUUUCAAUUUCCGCAAUUACAACGCCAGUGACUUUCACCUCACUCUCUCGGCUUCCGUCUGCUCCGACGUCUCACUCUUCCUUCGUGCUGGCUUCUAGAAGCAGUAGUUCCUCUUCUGUAUAUUCAGCUUAAAAAAGAUAAGCUUGUGCAUCCAUGGACAGUUGUACAAUUGGUCCGCAUUUUUUCCCGUUUUAUUUGGGUAAGCACUCCAUUUAUGUUGAAAUAGCUUCCUUUCAAUUUCCGCAAUUACAACGCCAGUGACUUUCACCUCACUCUCUCGGCUUCCGUCUGCUCCGACGUCUCACUCUUCCUUCAAGCUGGCUUCUAGAAGCAGUAGUUCAUCUUCUGUAUAUCCAGCUUCUAAAAGAUAAGCUUGUGUAUCCAUGGACAGUUGUGUGUCUGGUCAAUGUUUUUUUUUCCUGUUUUAUUUGGGUAAGCACUCCAUUUAUGUUGAAAUAGCUUCAUUUCAAUUUCCACAAUUACAAAGCCAGUGACUUUCACCUCACUCUCUCGGCUUCCGUCUGCUCCAAAGUCUCACUCUUCCUUCAAGCUGGUUUCUAGAAGGAGUAGUUCGUCUUCUGUAUAUUCAGCUUCUAAAAGAUAAGCUUGUGUAUCCAUGGACAGUUGUGCGUUUGGUCAGUGUUUUUUUUUUCCUGUUUUAUUUGGGUAAGCACUCCAUUUAUGUUGAAAUAGCUUUGUUUCAAUUUCCACAAUUACAACACCAAAGUGACUUUCACCUCACUCUCUCGGCUUCCGUCUGCUCCGACGUCUCACUCUUCCUUCAAGCUGGCUUCUAGAAGCAAUAGUUCAUCUUCUGUGUAUUCAGCUUCAAAAAGAUAAGCUUGUCCAUCCAUGGACAGUUGUGCAAUUUGUCCGUGUUUAUUCCCGUUUUAUUUGGGUACGCACUCCAUUUAUGUUGAAAUAGCUUCCUUUCAAUUUCCACAAUUACAGUUCCAGUGACUUUCACCUCACUUUCUCGGCUUCCGUCUGCUCCGACGUCUCACUCUUCCUUCCUGCUGGCUUCUAGAAGCAGUAGUUCCUCUUCUGUAUAUUCAGCUUCAAAAAGAUAAUCUUGUGUAUCCAUGGACAGUUGUGUGUCUGGUCAAUGUUUUUUUUCCUGUUUUAUUUGGGUAAGCACUCCAUUUAUGUUGAAAUAGCUUCAUUUCAAUUUCCACAAUUACAACGCCAGUGACUUUCACCUCACUCUCUCGGCUUCCGUCUGCUCCAAAGUCUCACUCUUCCUUCAAGCUGGUUUCUAGAAAGAGUAGUUCGUCUUCUGUAUAUUCAGCUUCUAAAAGAUAAGCUUGUGUAUCCAUGGACAGUUGUGUGUCUGGUCAAUGUUUUUUUUCCUGUUUUAUUUGGGUAAGCACUCCAUUUAUGUUGAAAUAGCUUCCUUUCAAUUUCCGCAAUUACAAAGCCAGUGACUUUCACCUCACUCUCUCGGCUUCCGUCUGCUCCGACGUCUCACUCUUCCUUCGUGCUGGCUUCUAGAAGCAAUAGUUCAUCUUCUGUAUAUCCAGCUUCUAAAAGAUAAGCUUGUGUAUCCAUGGACAGUUGUGCGUUUGGUCAGUGUUUUUUUUCCUGUUUUAUUUGGGUAAGCACUCCAUUUAUGUUGAAAUAGCUUCCUUUCAAUUUCCGCAAUUACAAAGCCAGUGACUUUCACCUCACUCUCUCGGCUUCCGUCUUCUCCGACGUCUCACUCUUCCUUCAAGCUGGCUUCUAGAAGCAGUAGUUCAUCUUCUGUAUAUCCAGCUUCUAAAAGAUAAGCUUGUGUAUCCAUGGACAGUUGUGUGUCUGGUCAAUGUUUUUUUUCCUGUUUUAUUUGGGUAAGCACUCCAUUUAUGUUGAAAUAGCUUCCUUUCAAUUUCCGCAAUUACAAAGCCAGUGACUUUCACCUCACUCUCUCGGCUUCCGUCUGCUCCGACGUCUCACUCUUCCUUCAAGCUGGCUUCUAGAAGCAGUAGUUCCUCUUCUGUAUAUUCAGCUUAAAAAAGAUAAGCUUGUGCAUCCAUGGACAGUUGUACAAUUGGUCCGCAUUUUUUCCCGUUUUAUUUGGGUAAGCACUCCAUUUAUGUUGAAAUAGCUUCCUUUCAAUUUCCGCAAUUACAAAGCCAGUGACUUUCACCUCACUCUCUCGGCUUCCGUCUUCUCCGACGUCUCACUCUUCCUUCAAGCUGGCUUCUAGAAGCAGUAGUUCCUCUUCUGUAUAUUCAGCUUAAAAAAGAUAAGCUUGUGUAUCCAUGGACAGUUGUGUGUCUGGUCAAUGUUUUUUUUCCUGUUUUAUUUGGGUAAGCACUCCAUUUAUGUUGAAAUAGCUUCCUUUCAAUUUCCGCAAUUACAACGCCAGUGACUUUCACCUCACUCUCUCGGCUUCCGUCUUCUCCGACGUCUCACUCUUCCUUCAAGCUGGCUUCUAGAAGCAGUAGUUCCUCUUCUGUAUAUUCAGCUUAAAAAAGAUAGGCUUGUGCAUCCAUGGACAGUUGUGCAAUUGGUCCGCAUUUUUUCCCGUUUUAUUUGGGUAAGCACUCCAUUUAUGUUAAAAUUGUUUUGUUUUAAUUUCCACAAUUACGAAGCCAAAGUGACUUUCACCUCACUCUCUCGGCUUCCGUCUGCUCCGACGUCUCACUCUUCCUUCGUGCUGGCUUCUAGAAGCAGUAGUUCCUCUUCUGUAUAUUCAGCUUAAAAAAGAUAAGCUUGUCCAUCCAUGGACAGUUGUGCAAUUUGUCCGUGUUUUAUCCCGUUUUAUUUGGGUAAGCGCUCCAUUUAUGUUAAAAAUGUUUUGUUUUAAUUUCCACAAUUACGAGGCCAAAGUGACUUUCACCUCACUCUCUCGGCUUCCGUCUGCUCCGACGUCUCACUCUUCCUUCGUGCUGGCUUCUAAAAGCAGUAGUUCAUCCUCUGUGUAUUCAGCUUCAAAAAGAUAAGCUUGUCCAUCCAUGGACAGUUGUGCAAUUUGUCCGUGUUUUUUCCCGUUUUAUUUGGGUAAGCGCUCCAUUUAUGUUAAAAAUUUUUUGUUUUAAUUUCCACAAUUACGAGGCCAAAGUGACUUUCACCUCACUCUCUCGGCUUCCGUCUGCUCCGACGUCUCACUCUUCCUUCGUGCUGGCUUCUAAAAGCAGUAGUUCAUCCUCUGUGUAUUCAGCUUCAAAAAGAUAAGCUUGUCCAUCCAUGGACAGUUGCGCAAUUUGUCCGUGUUUUUUCCCGUUUUAUUUGGGUAAGCGCUCCAUUUAUGUUGAAAUUUUUUUGUUUUAAUUUCCACAAUUACGAGGCCAAAGUGACUUUCACCUCACUCUCUCGGCUUCCGUCUGCUCCGACGUCUCACUCUUCCUUCGUGCUGGCUUCUAAAAGCAGUAGUUCAUCUUCUGUGUAUUCAGCUUCAAAAAGAUAAGCUUGUCCAUCCAUGGACAGUUGUGCAAUUUGUCCGUGUUUUUUCCCGUUUUAUUUGGGUAAGCACUCCAUUUAUGUUGAAAUAGCUUCCUUUCAAUUUCCACAAUUACAAAGCCAGUGACUUUCACCUCACUCUCUCGGCUUCCGUCUUCUCCGACGUCUCACUCUUCCUUCAAGCUGGCUUCUAGAAGCAGUAGUUCAUCUUCUGUAUAUCCAGCUUCUAAAAGAUAAGCUUGUGUAUCCAUGGACAGUUGUGUGUCUGGUCAAUGUUUUUUUUCCUGUUUUAUUUGGGUAAGCACUCCAUUUAUGUUGAAAUAGCUUCAUUUCAAUUUCCACAAUUACAGUUCCAGUGACUUUCACCUCACUCUCUCGGCUUCCGUCUGCUCCGACGUCUCGCUCUUCCUUCGUGCUGGCUUCUAGAAGCAGUAGUUCCUCUUCUGUAUAUUCAGCUUAAAAAAGAUAGGCUUGUGCAUUCAUGGACAGUUGUACAAUUGGUCCGCAUUUUUUCCCGUUUUAUUUGGGUAAGCACUCCAUUUAUGUUGAAAUAGCUUCCUUUCAAUUUCCACAAUUACAGUUCCAGUGACUUUCACCUCACUUUCUCGGCUUCCGUCUGCUCCGACGUCUCACUCUUCCUUCCUGCUGGCUUCUAGAAGCAGUAGUUCCUCUUCUGUAUAUUCAGCUUCAAAAAGAUAAGCUUGUCCAUCCAUGGACAGUUGUGCAAUUUGUCCGUGUUUUUUCCCGUUUUAUUUGGGUAAGCACUCCAUUUAUGUUAAAAUUGUUUUGUUUUAAUUUCCACAAUUACGAGGCCAAAGUGACUUUCACCUCACUCUCUCGGCUUCCGUCUGCUCCGACGUCUCACUCUUCCUUAGUGCUGGCUUCUAGAAGCAGUAGUUCAUCCUCUGUAUAUUCAGCUACAAAAAGAUAAGUUUGUGAAUCCUUAUUUGUCCAAAAAUGGUAGUCUUCGUUGUCCGUUACCAAGUCUGUCAUGAUUGCAACACACUUGCAUUUUUUUUUUCCGGAAGAAGAAGCCGAAAGUGCACUGCUAUGGAAACAGUUAAUAUUGUUAAGAACGUGUCUGUUACUACAUGAUAUUUACAUGCAGUGUGUUUAUUGUUCAGAACAUGUCUGUUACUACAUGAUAUAUAUACAGUAUACUUGCAAAAAAGAGGUGUGUUCUUGUCUCAUAAUGAUUGUGAACAAUAGGCAACAUUGUAAAAAAAAAAGGUUCAAAAACUAUUGUUGACUUGGAUACUUAUUGUCUGAAGCUGAAAAUCACCAUAGGGCCCCUUCUAGUAUUAACCAGGGAGGAAACAUGCUUUAACAUCCAUCCAUCCAUCCAUUUUCUACCGUGUUUGCUUGUAUUUCCAGGACGCUUGGCAGUAAACUUUUGUCCAGAAUUGUUUUGCUAUUUCCAAUAAAAGCCACAAACGCCA